AUGGCCAACAAGCUGUUUCGAUGGGGCAAAAUCCUGCUGCGUCGGCGAAUAUUGGACUGCUCCAGUGAAGAAACCCAAUUUGCCCGCUGUCUGUCCACCCUGGACCUCAUUGCAUUGGGAGUAGGCUCCACGCUCGGUGCCGGCGUCUACGUCCUUGCCGGUGAGGUAGCCAGAGAAAAGGCAGGACCCGCCAUUGUCCUCUGCUUCCUCAUUGCCGCGCUGUCUUCCAUGCUGGCGGGUCUCUGCUAUGCUGAAUUUGGUGCUCGAGUCCCCAAGACAGGUUCUGCAUAUGUGUACAGCUACGUGACAGUUGGUGAGAUCUGGGCCUUCAUCACAGGGUGGAACCUCAUCCUGUCCUAUGUGAUUGGUACUGCCAGUGUGGCGAGGGCGUGGAGCUCAACCUUUGACAACUUGGUAGAGCAGAAGAUCUCUGGUUUCUUUAAAGCCUCCGUGGCAAUGAAUGUUCCGGGGAAUGUGUUGGCAGAGUACCCUGACCUGUUUGCCCUUAUCCUGGUGCUGCUGCUCACUGGGCUCCUGGCCUUUGGAGUAAGUGAGUCAGCUUUGGUGAAUAAGAUCUUCACAGGCAUUAACCUUGUGGUUUUGGGCUUCGUUAUCAUCUCUGGCUUUGUCAAGGGCAACACUGCCAACUGGAACCUCACAGAAAGCGACUACCUCAACUUCCGGAACCUCACAAACAGCACCACAUCUAAUGUUGAGAAGGAUUUUGGUGUUGGUGGUUUUGCUCCAUUUGGCCCGGGUGGGAUCCUGUCUGGUGCUGCAACGUGCUUUUAUGCCUUUGUGGGCUUUGACUGCAUCGCCACAACAAGUGAAGAAGCCAAGAAUCCCAUGCGUUCCAUACCUAUUGGCAUUGUGGCUGCGCUGCUAAUUUGUUUCUUUGCUUACUUUGGCGUGUCUGCGGCUCUCACCCUGAUGAUGCCUUACUACCAGCUGAACACCCAGAGUCCUCUACCUGAGGCCUUCAGCUAUGUGGGCUGGGCUCCUGCCAGAUACAUAGUGGCUGUGGGUUCUCUGUGUGCUCUGUCCACCAGUCUGCUCGGCUCUAUGUUUCCCAUGCCCCGGAUUAUCUACGCAAUGGCCGAGGACGGGCUGCUGUUUCGUGCUCUGUCCAGGAUGAACACUCGCACAAAGACCCCUCUCCUGGCUACCGUCACCUCUGGUGUCGUUGCAGCCUUGAUGGCCUUCCUGUUUGAUCUGGCAGCACUGGUUGACCUCAUGUCCAUUGGGACAUUGUUGGCCUACUCUUUAGUGGCCAUCUGUGUUCUCAUCCUCAGGUACCAACCUGGCAGCUUGAAUUCAUCCAGCCAGACGGAGAAGCUGGUGGAGUUGGUAGAAGGGGAGAAAGUGGCUGUGAGUGGAGGAGACAGCGGUGAUGAGUACAGUAUGGAGAUGGAUGAGAGGCCACUUCAAGAAAGGUUCAGCUCCAAGCUGCUCUUCUGCCCAAGUGGAAAGACUCCAACUCAGACUUCUGGGAACAUUGUCUAUGCUGCCACUGCUAUUAUUUCGGUUCUUAUCAUUGUGCUGUGUGUUAUACUGGCCAAUUGUCUCACACAGCUGCUGGCUGCUGACCCACUCGUCAUCACGGCAUGCGUCAUUUUAGUUCUGCUGUGUGGCGUCUGCAUUGUUAUAAUCUACGGGCAGCCUGAGAGUAAAGAGGCUCUCACCUUCAAGGUCCCGCUGCUUCCUUGGCUGCCUCUGUUCAGUGUUUUUGUUAACAUCUACCUCAUGAUGCAGCUGGAUAUGGGCACAUGGCUCCGCUUCACUGUCUGGAUGAUUAUUGGUUUUGCCAUAUAUUUCUUCUAUGGCAUUAAGAGCAGCAGUGAAGCUGCCAGCAGGGCAUCUUGUAAAUAUGACUCUUCGCUGCAGAACAAGAGCCCAAUCUACAAAGGAUCUCCUAACAACAGUGACACCGAAGAGGCCAGCACCCCCUGAUGUGGACAGAUGCGGACCUGGAUGUGUUUCGUUGCUGCUGCACUCAUUCUGGCAGUGUGAGCAGUCUGGAAUGCAGCCCUAGGUUUACAGAUUGAGAAACAAAAAAGGAACAGGGGGGGGGGGGAACAAACAAAACCACAACAAUCACACAACUGACCACCUUUCUUUGUUCUUCUUUUUUUUUUUUUUUUUUUUUUUUCGGAGGCUGAUUAACUUGAUGACUAAACACUGUGACAGAGCCGGUUCCUGGCUUAUGGCUCUGGUUUAAUCUGUCUGGAUUUAGCCUAAGCACAUCUUUACUUCAACAGCAAUGUUAUGUUCUCGUGUAAUUCCGUUAUCGCAGUCAUUUUGCUGCAGUGAAAUUUGCUGUUUUUUGUUUUUUAUAAUUAAUACUACCACGUACUGUAAAGAUGCGCUUACCUGCAUCAGGACUCUCAAAGUUUUAAGAUUGACUUUUAACUGUUGACAAGCAGAAGCCACUAGUAGCAAUAAAGUGGAGCAGAUAUGUGAGGAAAAAUAGAAGUUCAUGUCUAGUGGGAAGCAUGACCAAGGUUUUAAGGUUUGCUGGAUCCGAAGAGAUGUGGAUGUGAUAUACUAUGCAGCACACAUUCAUAACAUUUACAAAUAAUGUUUAAAUUCUUAGAGGAACUACCUUAAUGUUCUGUUACACUUUCAGGUGGACCAUGGUUUGAAAGUCAUUUGUGGUUGCUUGAAGGAUACUUAACAAAUCUGGCUAUGGUGGCCAUCUUCAAAGUGGCAGACAUUUUUUGGUAACAGUCAUAACUCAAAAAUACUUGUCCUCCAGACUCGAAACAUGUAUAAUUUUCCCAAAUUCUGUCCUGUUGAGUCAUUCUGACUAGAAAUGUGGAAUGGUUGAUGCAAGUUGGGGUUGACAAUUCAACUGAGCUACUUUACAAAAAAGGAAAUGGCAGCCUUACCGUUGAGAUUUUGAAACAUUCGUUUUGGCAGCCAUGUGGACAUUUCAGGGUUCAGGCUGCCAUUUUGGGUUUUGAAUGUAGCUUAGUUGAAUUUGUCAUGUCAGAAAACAUGAUAAAAAACCAAAAUCCUUCAAAUUGGAUCAUCUUAACAGUAUUGUUAAAUUUGACUCGCCCAAAAGUGCAUAGACUGUUCCAUGGUUCUGAUCAUAGUGACUCAUGGAAAGUUGUAUAUGGGGCAACAAAGAUGAGUACCAGUACUUUUGAAUUACUUUUCCAUAGAUUU